GGCGGGGUUUCCGCGUGGGUGUGUGUGAGCGAUAGUAGGAAGUGGAGGUCAAAUGCGCUGCAGGAGUUUGAAAAACAUGAGGCUGUCUCCAUGAAAGACACACAGGUAGACAAUUGUGUUGGAGUUACAGCAGACGACGUAGUUAACAGUGCAGUUUUUAGAGUUUCGAUUCUGAAAUAAGUGCGGCGCUGUUGGGGUGUCGUUUUCCCGUGUCGCACUAACGUCAGUAGGCAGUUAACAGAGAUAACGUUAGCUAAUGCUAACGUUAAUACACGUAGCGUGCUCGUAGACAGCUCGAUAACGUUACAGCCAGAAUAAAAUCUUGACUUUUGCUUGCCAAAAGUCCGUAUUGUCAUCUGUUUAAAGGUAAUGCAUAGUGCAUCUCCGCAGACCAUUAGCUUUGGCUGCGAAAUCCGUUAGCUAGGUGCUGAACUUUGCUGGCAUUUGUUUUGUCUUUGGGAACUUGUUACGGUCACAGCUGUCAUGUUUCACUCUGUUCCCCGUCGUCCGAUCUGCGAGAUCGGUGUGAAUACAAUGAGGCUUCAGAGCAGCAGGUCGUUCAGGCGGGCUGUCGAGGAGGGCAGAGGAAAGCUUGAGAAGGUCCCAUGGCUGGGUAGGGGCAUGGGCCUGCUGUUGUCCUGGCUCCAGAGGGCAAGUGUCGGUGCCAAUGAGGCCGCUGGAUCUGGCCAAAAGAGGAAGGGCUUGCUCUCCAUAUUUGCGGACCACUGCAGCUUUGUGACCGGACAGAGGCUCCGGCGUGCUUGCCAGAUCGGCGAGCUUUACUCCAACCUGUACUCUGAGCGGACCAGGUGGACCCUAGUUGGGAACAUAUGGCGCAGAUUUCAGAGCAAGCACGCCCCAACUGGGAAACUUGUCGCGGCCCUGGUUGGUGUCUUCAUGUGGGAGAAUGAGAAGAUUCAAGAUGAGGAAAUUCGCAGGUGUGGACUUGAGUUGCAGGCCCUGCAGGCUGUAAACUGUCUAAACGCAUCUUCAGGGACAGUGGCCAGACACCUGGAACCUGGCUGGGAAGUUGUGAUGGAGAAGAAGGACUUCAGAGUGUGGAAGCGCCCUAUACCCAACAGUCACCUCUAUGAAUACAGAGUGUUGGGCUCCUACAAUGAUGUCACCCCAAGACAGUUCUUCAAUGUACAGUUGGAUACAGAGUACAGGAAGAAGUGGGAUUCUCUGGUUAUCAAGCUUGAAGUGGUGGACAGAGAUGUCAGUACAGGCUCAGAAGUUGUACACUGGGCUACACACUUUCCUUAUCCCAUGUACUCAAGAGACUAUGUGUAUGUGCGGCGCUAUGAUGUUGAUGUAGACAACAACCUGAUGAUCCUGGUAUCCAGAGCUGUGCAGCAUCCCAGAGUCCCGGAGACUCAGGACUUUGUGAGAGUCCAUGCAUACCAGUCAAAGAUGGUCAUCCGUCCUCACAAGUCCUUUGAUGAGAAUGGAUUUGAUUACCUGCUCACCUACAGUGACAACCCUCAGACUGUCUUUCCCCGUUACUGUGUGAACUGGAUGGUGUCAAGUGGUAUGCCUGAUUUUCUGGAGAAACUGCAUGCUGCUGCCUUGAGGGCCAAGAACUUGGAAGUGGGGAUCCACGACUACGCAGGUGUCAGUAAAUCCAGCGACACCAACCGCCAGCCGAGCCAGGAGCGCCUCACUGGAGAAAACCCACACACAGGUGGUCCUGGACAGAUCUACGCUUGAGAUGGAUAUUUUAUAGACCAGGGGUUAUGUUGGUGUGUUGUCACUUGCACUUGAACCCGAAUCAAACCCUCCAACCACAACUUUUUGGGUACAGUACACUGCGUGAACUGCAAAUGGAAGUUGCAACCUACAUUAAAGACAUAUAUACAGUAUGUCCAUUCAUAGACAUCGUUAUAUUGGUUGUAGAUGAAAUGUCACAAGAACAAUGGACUGUAUUGGUGACAGCAUUACUGUCCUUUGGAGAAUAUGUUGCCAUGGAAAUUUUCAUCCAGACUGCUGGCAUUGGCACUAUUUUUGCUUAGCCAGGCAAUGCCAUGUGGCUUUUUUUUUGCCUCCUUUGGUAAUGAUGUAUGUCUAAGAACCAUUGAUAAGAUCAAGCAAAAAUUCCUAAUUGUAGAGAUGCUUUUGCCAAAGCACUGUUUCUCCCAUUUUAACGUCCUAUGUCCUGUCUUCCAUUGCUUGACAAGGCUUGACUUCAAAGGCUGUUUAGACUGCCAGCAGCCACAUCACUGUAUUAGUGUCUGUAAUGUGUUUUCAGUGAGAUGUUGUGGAAAUGGUUGUGCAGUAUUGGGCAUAGAACAGUAACUGGCUUCUAUCACUGAAACACAAAACUACGGCCAAGAUUUCUGCACUGACAAAUUGAGGCCUCUGGGGUGAACAAUUUCUAACGUGUCUUCAUUUCAUGUAUUUAAAGUAACCUGUUUCUUGUUUGCUUGCAGCAUGAGUGAUUGAUAGUCACAUGACUGGACAGAUAGAUGGAUUAAAAAAAUAUGCCAUUAUUAGAAAAUUUGUCCACAGAAUUGAAAAUGAAAACUCUAGGGGUUCUCUUUGGUUUUUGGUGAUGGCAUUGUUUGCUGUGAGCACAGUUGAGGUUUCACGCUGUCCAUUUCACCGUGUUUGUUAGAAACUGCCAGCAUUGAUGAAACAGCCUUCUGAAGAUAAACCAGUCCUUCAGCAUUGGGGGCAUAGUGUCUUAUAACAACCACAUAAAUCCUCAGAUACAAUGGUACUGAUGUACUUUAGUUUUACUAGCAAGGCAACCCUACAGACACAAAUUUUAAUAAACCAAUGCCUAUUUUAGAGAAACAGAGUAUUUGUGCCACAUCACAAACUAUUUACAUUUCAUAUGAGUUUAUGAAGUCCCAUUAGUCCCAUUUCAGCUGAGAGAUUCUUUUGUUAUCCUGGUGUUCACAACAGUUGUAGCAGACAUCACUAAAGUUUGCACUAUUGGAGUUAUGGGUGUUUGUUUUCUAUGUGUUACUGUAGAUCUUGUAUUCAAAAAUCCAUUGCCUGAGUACUGGAAAUCCCUGUAUGUAUGAGUAGAACAAGCUCUGUAACAUGUUUCUUCUGCAUUGUGUUUCUUUAGUUUCGGUUAUUAAUGUGGUCCUACUGAAACUCCAUAGAAUUCAUCCUUCCAAAUCAUCCUUGUUGCUUUUGUGAUUAACUGUCUGCAGGGGCUGUUAUGAAUGUACAAAGAGCACCACAUGCUUUGGAAUAAAACAUCGCCCAAUAAAGGACACUGUUUACAGCCUGA